GCUCAGGCAGCUUGUAGCCAUAAUAUAGCCCUGCCAGCAUGGCUGUUACCGUUUUGCAUUUAUACCUCUUUAUUUUGCUUGUUCAUACAACGAUAUCUAAAACUGCUGUGGAUAAGAGGUUCUCGGACUUCAAACGAUGUGCCGACGAAGAAUGUAGCAUGCUGCUGUGUAGGGGGAAGGCUGCUCAGGACUUCAACGGACCUGACUGUCGUUUUUUAAGUUUCAAAAAGGGAGAAACAAUAUAUGUUUACUAUAAACUGUCAGGAAAGAAGACAAAUGCAUGGGCAGGAAGUGUUGGAAGCCGAUUUGGCUAUUUCCCAAAGGACCUGCUAAUAAUCAAUCACAUAUACACUGAUAAAGAGUUAGAGGUCCCUGCUGAGCAAACAGACUUUGUAUGUUUUGAUACUGGGUAUGAUAAAUUUGAAAAUUAUGACAUAGAUGUGCUUUUGGGCACCUUGGUGUUAUCAACAGAGAGUGAAAAUUCAGCUCAAACUUCAGAUGAGAAGGAUGAAAACAAACACACAGAGAGCAGCGUGGAAGAAGCGGAAAAAGAUCACCAUACUGAGACGGACUUGCAGUCUGUGGAUGAGAAUGAGCCCUUUGAGGACUUUGGCAGGGAAGAUAAUGCAAAGGAAGUGGGCGAGGACAGAGCCCUCAGUGAUUUAGAAUCUAUGGACUCCUCCCAGCUGCCUUCUGAAAAGCGGGAUGAAACAGUGGAUACAAAAGAACUGGAGUCUGAAGUGCAAGCUGAGACAGAGGACGAAAAUGAAAAGGGUGACUUGCGUGCAGAUCAGCAUGCGGGAGCUUCAGUGUUGGAUAGUCUGGAACGAGUGGAGGAGAACACACAUGCUCCUUCAGACAUACAGGAAGAGACUUUGUCUAAAAAUGAUAUGGAUGCUGAAAAAGCAGAUCAUGUUUCAGAGGGACAAACAGUUCCUGAUUUGAAGACCAAUUAUGGGUCAACCUUUGACGCUGUUACCUCAGAUGAUGAAGAUACGUGGAGGGUGACCCCUUAUUUUGAUGAAGAAGAAGGUGAAGAACCAGAAAAUCAGCCAGUGGAACAAACGGAUGACUCAAGGGAUGUACCACUGUUGUCCUUUUCAGAGGAAGAUUCUCUAAGAGAACAGGAAGGAAUUUCAGAACCUGCUCAUUCAGAAGAUGAUGACAGUACUUUGGAACUGCCAUCAGAAGAGCAGAAAGAGGAGAAGGAAGCCAAAGAAGACAAGAGCGUGUGGACAUCACUGGGGGACACAGUUUUUGCAAUUGUCAGUGGUGGUGAAAGGACGGACGAAGUGAGCAGUGUGGAAGAUGACGAUGACGAAGAUGAUUUUGAAUCAGAUAGGGUUGAAAAGACUGAGGAUCAACAAUCGGAACACGUAGAGAAGGAGCUGCAACCCUCUGAUCCCCACAAAGAGCCAGAGGAAACUGUAAAUUCUCCAGAUGAAUUAAUUUUUGAUGACCUCCUUGAACCCAGUAUUAAAGAGUCUGAUGAUGGUUUGCCUAAUAUUGAUUCACAUGGAUCUGUAGUUGAAGUGAAAACUGUACAGGAAAUGUCAUCUGAUGAGGAUAUAUCAAAAGUGGAAGAGGAAAGGAACGCAGCAUCGAAUGAGCCUGAACCUGCCGUACUCGCAACAGAUGAAAAGUCAGAAUCCCCAGAUGAAAGCAAGCCGGAUGCUGGAAGCGUUCCCAGGGAGUCAUCCGGAACACUCACAGCCAAUGAUGAAAACUUAGUGUCUGUGAAACAUGAAACUUCAGUGCAUUCAGAGCAGGAAGAAAAAUCUGAUGAGGACAUUCCGAGUGAAAAAUCUGCAAUUCAGGAUCCAACUCCAGUUGUCAGUAGAGAUGAGAAAACAGAAAAAGUCAGUUUGAAUGUGGAACCUGAUGAGGAAACUGUCAGGAAAGUGGACCACGCCAAAAAAGAGAUUACACAUUUGUUCGAAGACGCAUUGGAAGAAGAAAGUCCUCCGCAUCAUUCUGAAGAGGAAGAAGAAUCAGAAGAUCAUGGAGAUGGAGACAAUGAAGAAGAGCUGCUUGAGGAUGAGAAUGCCAUGUUGUCUUCAUCCAAAACAGAACAAUUUGAUGUCAGUGAGGAAAAUGCAGACAGUGGGACAGAAGUUGAGGAACCGGGGGCCAAAGAACCCCAAACUGAUACAGAACUUGAAGAACUGGAGGAGUACAAGCCAACAAAUGAUACCCAUGAAUCUGAAGAAGCAUCCAGCAUUCCUUUGAUCACUGAAAACCGUGAGACAGACGUACAGUCUGAGGAGAUGGAGGGUGAGACGCCUUCUGAAAUGAAAGACACUGAGCCUCCAACUAAAUACAAAAAUGAAAACGCUGUGGAGAUGGAAGAACAGAGUCCAGAAGUAGAAUACAGUGACAGUAUAAAAAGCCUCAUGCUUCUGAGGAGCCAUUUUAAUGAGAAGGACAUGGAGCGUAUGCGUAAAUAUCUGGGUCCCCAGCACCUUCUCAGAGUGGAAGCCAUGUUUACAGAUCUCGAGCAGGAGCUGAGGGCAGCCAGACAGUCACAAGUGGACUCUAGUGAAGAUGUUGAAAAAGCACUGGAGGGCAUCCUGGAAGCUUCGGAGACCUCGAUCAUGGAUGAAAUUGAGAGGAUGCUGGAUGCUCGGGAGCUGAAGCACACAGAGCUGCAGCAGAUGGACGGCACCAUGUUUGAUGAGGAGGCGGCAGUCUUGGAUGACUUUCAGGAGCUGGCGUUCCACCUGCGGCAGAAGUAUUCCACAGCCAGUGACAGUGUUCCCCUGACUGCAGAUACAGAGGGGGAACACACUGAAAUUAUGGAGGACAUCUUAAAGAACUUCACCACAACUGAAAGUAUUGUGGAAGCUGGUGAUUAUGAAGAAGAGCAUGUUAAUGACCUAGUGGACAGCCCCCUAGACAGUACACUACAUGCCCCUGAUAUGGGUUUAGAGGAGGAUGGGGGUCACUUCAACAAAAACAAAGAAAACCAAAAAAUUUUCAAAGACUCCGAGGAGAUUCAGAAAAGACCUCAAGCCAUUUUGGAGAAUCAGUUGGAUGUAGGUUUUGGUUUCGGGGUUGAGCACCCAUCCUCAGGUUCUCUGGAUUCCGCAAGUGUUUCUGAUUACCAUGAAGAUAAGCCAGAGGCCAGUCCGUCCUCAUCUUUUUUUGUCACUAUUGGUAGUCUACUCCUCCUGGCUCAGGAGUGUUUAGGAUUGUAUAUGGAAAUGAUCAUUGCCAGCUUGCCUGAGGAAUGGCAGCCAGGCCCCACUUUCCAUGGGCUGCCCUGGAAGGCUGUGAUUAGCACAGCAGCUGUUGGGAUCUUUACCUUUUUGGCCUUCUUCUGGAGGACAGUACUCACUGUCAAAAGCCGGACAUAUCUGCUAACUGAAAAGCAGCUUGCACAAAAAAUAACACAACUCUUUGAUGAGAAGUCAGAAGCUCUUGCCAAGAUAACAGACUUGAAUAAAAAGAUCACCGAGUGUGAAGAAAAAUUGAAAGAAUCUCAAAAAUCUGCCUCUUCUACACAACGUGAAAACAAGGAGCUGAAGGAGUCUUUCAAAGAGUUGCGAAAAAGAAGCGAGCAGAUGAAGGCCGAAAUGGGUGCCCUAAACACGGACAUGGAGAAGGAGCGCAGAAGGAACCAGGAACAGCUGGAAAUGAUUUCACAGACUGAAAAGGAAAUCGAGAAGUUUAAACGCAUCGUCAAGAGCAACAAGGAUGAGCUUUCAAAGGUUCAAGUUCUUAUGGAUGAGGCCAGAAUCAGGGAAGAUGCUCUGAAAGCCGAAGUGACAUCCUUGGAGAGAGAAAACGGUGCUUUAAAAGACAAGAAAAAAUCUCUGUUGCGAGAGGCUAAGGACUGGGAGGAGAAGCACAAGGACCUGAGUGACAAAAUCAAAGUCUACCAGAAAUCCCAGAAAGACCUGGAGGACACCCUCGUGCAUAAGGAAAAUGAGAUCGAGGUUUUGUCUGAUUGCAUCUCAGAGCUGAGGCAGCUGGAGGCUUGUGAGAGCACAGAGCAGCAGAAGGGUAGUGCUCCGGUGCUGGCCAACGGAGAGGCCGUGGACAAGAAGAAUGAUGCAAUGAAAAUCCGCAUUAAGCAGAUGAUGGAUGUCUCCAGGGUGAAGACCACUCUCUCAAUUGUAGAAGAGGAAAGGAAUCGAUACCUUGAGAAGCUGAUUGCAGAAGAAAAGCAAAGGCAUGACCUAGAAGAACAAAUCAAGAAGCUGGAACACGACAGAGCAUCUCUUCACGGUGAGAAGUGCCAGCUAGAAAACCAGUUCAACACCAUCCAGCAGAAACUUGAGAUAAUGAAUGAGUUGUACCAACAGAAGGAGAACGCUCUUCAGCAGAAACUGACUCAGGAGGAGUUCGAGAGACGCGAGAAGGAGACCAAACUCUCUGAAGUGGAUGGCAAAGCCCUGCGGGCAGAGGAAGAGCUGAAGGCGCACAAGCGCAGAAUCCAGGAGAUAGAGGAAGAGCUACAGAAAACGGAGAGGUCCUACAAGACCCAGAUCGCAGCUCACGAAAAGAAGGCGCAUGAGAACUGGCUGAAUGCGCGUGCAUCAGAAAGAGCCCUGGUGGAGGAGAAGAGGGAGACCGCCAACCUUCGGCAGAAGUUGGUGGAGGUUAAUGAUAAAUUGGCGGAGUUUCAGAGACCACUCUUCAAGCCCACACCUGGCCGUCCUGACCAGCAUAUGCCGCCUCUUCGGAGAGGAGACUCGUACGGUCCUUCUCCUGUGAGCGGAGGUGCCCCGUCACCCCCGUUAAUGAUCGAGGGCCCAGGACGUCCACCUUCCGCACCAGUUGGGCGGCGAAAUGAGCCCUUUGGACGGCCUCCAAGUGACCCUCACGGAAGGUACUCUGACCUUGGACACCCUCUGCCUGCAAGACCUGAUGUUGCUGUCCCACGGACAUCAUCUCCGACCACUCUGGAUGGAUCGCAGAGCGCCCCUGUAGAGUGUGAGGCCGAAUCCUCUCCACUGCCGGGUGCCGAGGCGGCAGAGGCAAGGAUCUUGAAAUCCCAAGGUCCAUCAUUCCUUGCCUCACCAAUCAGGGAUUUUCCAGUCCCUGGCCCACCUUCACAGCCUAAAGGGUACGGCCCUCCUCCAAUGGUUGGGCCCCCCUUGCCACCUCCACAUGGACCCCCACCUUCCAUGCCCCCGCCUCUAAACGGGCACCCACCCAUGAUGCCGCCCGGCCCUCCUGUACACGACCCUCGUCUGCCACCGCCUCGCGCUCCGAUGGGUCCCUACGGCCCUCCCCGCCCUUAUGGACCAGUGCCUCCUCCUUACAUACGAGGCAUGCCUCCACCUGUGAGAGACUACCCAAUGGGACCUCCUCCGUUCGGCCCUCAAGAAUUUCACCCUGACAUGAGAGACCACCCGCAUGGACCCCGGGAUUACCCUGUCCCGCCCCGACCUCUGCCCCCUGGAGCCAUUCCGCCCCCAGGCAUUAGAGACCACACCGGGCCCCCGCCGCCCCCACAACACGUGGGCCCGGAGCCCAGGAACUUUUCUGAGGCUCCCCACCACGGCCCUGACCGUAGAGACAACAUCCCACAGCAGACAGUGCCCAGAGAGACACCAGCCACUCCGCUCAAUGGACCCUAAAAGGUGACACCUCUGGAGGUGUGUGCACAUUUCAACAGGGAAUGGGACUUGUAUAUCUUUACUUUUUCUUUUUUUUUUCCUGCGUUUAGUUCUGAUUGGUUAAAGAAAAUACAUAUAUCCAUAAAAUAACAAUAUUAAAUCCUGAGAAAACAGGCUGUGUCUUUGUGUUGUCUGGGUUUAAACCUUUAAACUGUCAUGAAGAAUAUUUAGUAAGGCUUGCCCCUUUUGCAGCGGCCUACAGUGCAAUAUCACGUUUUAUUACAUGUACGCGUGAAGCUUUCCUUUGUAGGGUUUUAAAAGAUAUAGACCAGUGGUGAUCUUUCAGAAAUGCAUUUUUGAUUAUGCAAAUUGAAGAUUUCCUGUGGAAAUACUUGUUUGAUUAAAUUAAAAUGUCUCUGAGCUGGUUUGGAUUUUGUUGGAAGCACCUGUCACACACCCAAAGCUGUUGCUCAAUAAAUUGUAAAGGUAAGUCAUUGUGUAACUGAAUGGACAGAUGUAUAACUUAUUUUACAAUAUUCUUAAGAAAUUGUAUUAAUAAAGAUGGUACAGAAAAGAUGCUAUCUGUUAUUAAUAAGUUUGCAUAAAGACAGACCUAUAACCAUGUCAGACUGCUCUGGCCUGCUGGCUUUCUGCUUUUUUCUUUAAAUAUUGAGACUC